AUGUACAAUAUAAAUGAUAGAUUAGAAACAAAUGAUAAAGAAAUAUUCACAAUACUAUAUAUUGGUAAUAUACCACAAUGGAAAGAUAUAAUAGCAUAUGGAGUAGAAUGGGAUGAUUCAACAAGAGGUAAAAACAAUGGUGAUUUAAAUAAAGUUGAUUACUUCACGCCAAAAGUGCCUAAUUCUGGUUCAUUCAUAAAAUCAACAAACUCCAAAAUAUUACAUAUUAGAAAAUUAUUCACUGAUGUACUUCAACAAAAUUAUAUAAAAGCUGAAUAUAAAGAACAAAAUUUAAAAUUUGGAUCAAAAUUAGUUGAAGAAAUUGGAUUAGAUAAGAUAAAUUUUAAUAAUUUUGAGACUUUAAACUUAGAUCAUUCACUUAUUUAUGAAGCCGGUGAUGAUGUUGUACAAUUUAAAGGAAGAUUCGAGAAUGUAAAGUAUUUGGAUUUAUCAUCAAAUUUAUUCACUGAAAUUAAUGAGAUUUUUAAGAUUAUUGAUAUUUUCACAAAUCUAAUUCACUUGGAUUUAAAUUAUAAUAGAUUUUCCAAUUGGCUUGAGAAUGAUAAGAAAUAUGAAACGAUUACUACUUUAAAGGUGGGAGCUAAUUAUUUAUCAAUUACUCAAGUCAAUCAACUACUGAAUUGUUUUCCAAAUUUACAAAAGCUUCAUUUGUUAGCUAACUAUUAUACUAAUGAUGAUAUAAAGUUACUAGAUGUAAAGAAUUUAAAAUUAUUGGAUUUAUCAUACAAUCAUUUAACUAGUAUCCCUAAAUUAAAUGUGUCAGAAUUGAAUUUAUCUCACAACAAGAUCUCAAUAAUUGAAUCAGAACCUAUACUAUCAUAUGAAUCACUAGAUUUAAGAAAUAAUGAAGUAAGUUCUUGGGAAGAUUUAGAUAAUUUAAGUAUAGUAUCACCAAAUUUAAAAGAAUUAAGAAUUAAUCAUAACCCCAUAUUUGAAAAUCUAUCAAUUGAUGAAAUGACAAUGCAAUUAAUUGGGAGAUUUAAUGGAUUGAAGAAAUUAAAUGGUGCAAUUCUAUCAAAAGAUGAAAUUGAAGAUGCUGAAUUAUAUUUUAUGAAUUAUAUUUUAGAAAAAAAAGUUCAAUCAAAUUUAUUUAAAAUUAAUAAUAAUCAAAGAUUUAAUCAAUUAUUGACAAAAUAUAAUAAAGUUGAAGAUAUUCAAGUUGUAUCUGAGAUCAAACCAUGGAUAAAAUUACAAAUAAUAAAUUCACAAAGUAAUUUACUUAUUAAUUCAUUAAUUUUUCUUAAAUCAACAUCAAUUUUAAGAUUUAAAGGAAUUAUUUCAAAACAAUUACAAGAUUUAUCAAUUCUCGAGUUUAAAAUUUUUUAUUACAUAAAUGAAGGUACAAAUUUUGCAAAAAAAUUUGAAAUUGAAAAUUAUUUAGGUACAUUAAAUGAUUAUUCAUUAUCAAAUAAUCAAAAUAUUUAUAUAUCAUUAUUAUCUUAG